AUACGGAUUUGAGGCGCUGUCGGUCGUGCUGUGCGUGCGGUCCGUGAGGUUUGUUGCGCUACCCAGCAGAAAUCGUGCUAUCCGAGAGUGUGCUGCUACUGUGCUGUGCAGCAGCGCUCAUCCAAGCGCACACCAGUUGUUUUGUGUGUGCAAAAUACAAACCUGUGCCAGUGAUUGCCGUUGGUGGUGCCACGCGCGACGGCGAAACACAGUGUGUCUACAGUGUUGCGUGUUUUAUAUACUACAGUUUGUCGAAUUGCAAAAACGCAAAGCCGCCCGUGUAACGGAAUUUAAUCGUCCCCGUCCCGAACUGGAGCGGCGAACCACACACCACCUCCGCAGCAAUUCAGUUGUAUAUUUUUAACAUACACACACUCUCUCCCUCUCUCCGUCUGUCCCUGUCUCUCUCUCUUUCUGUGUGCUCUGUGUGCCACCGUCAGUUCACCGCCCCAUAGGUGUGUGUGCGUUGGCGCGGUCGCGUUCUGCCAAAGAAGCAAAGCAAGCAACAACAUCGUGGCUCGCAUAUCGGCUAAGCUGUAUACGCGGCAAGAGUGGCAACGGCACAGCACUGCGAGGAAAAAAGAAUAUGAAGCUCAGCAGCAGCUUACAAGUGUGCGUCACGGGGGCAGUGAAAAGAAGGUUUGCUUAACCGUUAAGUAAAGUACCUUUAGUGAGAUAGUGAAGCAAAGAAGAAGAAGAAGAAGAAGAAAAAUCCACCGCCAUUAUAAAACAAAAUAGUGCUGUGUACCGUGCACAUAUCCGCGCCGAACGAGAAGCAAUAAUCGAUUGAGAAAAAAUAAGGCGCCGCCCCAAUCAUCGUCACCAGCACCAGUGCCAGCAGCAGGCUGUGUGCAGCAGUCAGUCAUUCAGUCAGUCAGUGUGUGUAGCGAAGGUUGGCAAACCCCUGAGCCAGGCCGUGAUUUUCCUGGUGGGCAGAUCAACGCACAUCCACACAAACACGCACACAUACAUACAUGCACACAUACACACGGCAGUAGUGCGCGCAUACUCUCAAACGUCGAGUGAGUUCAGAGUGAUUCGUUUGUUUGUUUGCUGCUGCAGUCCUCUGUGCCACUGUGGGGCGGCGGUGCGGUGCAGCAGCAGCCGUGAUGCAAUGCAGUGAGGUGCGAAUGCAAGCGUGGAACGUGUUUUGCUGCCGUUCAGCCCACACGGCACGUACCUUUAGCAACGACUGUUGAGGUUACCACGAUAGGGAAGGUGCACAGGAUUCCCUCGCCCCUCUCUCUCUGUCUAUCUCUCCCCGUUGCUGUUUAACUCGAUCGUGUCGGAAACGGUCCAACUAUUGUUACAGCCGGAAGUAGCCUAGCCAUCUUGCACCGGAAAUAGUCCCUGGGACGGCAACAGUGGACUCCUCCUUGGCACGCCAAGCGACUGCUGAGAGUUAUAUUCGCCUAUACGCCCCUCAACUCUGCUGGGGUGUUUCGUUGCGUAUCGCGAGUGCGUAUAUAGGUGUGUUUGUGCAUGGGUGUGGGCGCGUGCAUUGCAACAGUGCGUACUGGCUAGUGUGUGCCCUUUUCUCAUCCAAGAUCGCCCAAUCGGGUGGAAUGUAAAAUUGAGUGAAACACAGCAUAACCGUUUCCCAACUGCGAUUGUUGUAUGAAUAUAGAGUCUUUGCUUGAGCGACAAGAAUGUGCGAAUGUGCUUUUCCAACCCGGAGUGCGUGUGUGACCAAAAGCGUGUGGCAAUAUUGAGGAGGGUGGCCGCAAAAUAAAGCUCAUCAUCGUUGCAAAAAAAAAGAGCAUGUGGGUUGGUGACAUCAACAACACAUGAUCCCUCACCUUCAGCAGUAACCGAUCUGUUGAGGCAGUUCAGUUAAAAUCAAGGCAAGCGUCGUCCACGGUGUGCGCCUAGUAACGGGGGCAACCGUUCAAUGGCAGUGCGUGUGUGCGAAUGUUUUUGCCGUGGAAAGUGAAAAAUUGUUCGACCGGAAGUGUCACGACCGAGUAGUGGUGUUGUGCUCCGUGCGUUGCAGUUUUUACGUUGAGCUUGGUGUACGACGAUGAAUACCGUGUGCAUUUGGCUUAAAACAGAGUACCCUACCACGACCCGACGAAAAGGGGCACCAUUGGCCCCACACCAACGACGCCCGGAGGCAACGAAAUGAAGCAGUAUCUUCAGCAGCAAGAGUUCUGUUCCGCUCUUCAAGUGAGUGUGCUUUGCCAGCAGAAGCAGUGCAAGGGAAAAAAAUAGUGCCAGUGUGUUGCGUUUUUGCAAGGUGGGCAGUUGAAUAGAGCGAAAAUUCCCCCCCACACACACACGACAGUGAGCAAGGCGUGGAGGGCAAGGGUUGAAAAAGGAAGCGUUGUGAAGCAAAAGUGCUCCAGUUACAACGACGCGAGAGGUAGAGAGUUGGAGCAGCAUAGUUCUGUUGUGCGAAAUAUCGAUAUUAUAGUGCGAAAUAAAGUAAGUGCUCGCUUUUCGGCCGAUAUCUAUCCAAAGAUAUCCAUUCGAAAGUCGACCAACCGAAUCGAAUCGAUCAGUCAGCAGCACCAGCAACAACAACAACAACAGCAACAGCAGCAGCAGCAGGUGCAUUUGUGCAGGUGUUCGAAUAGUCUUCGUUCACGACAACGUGUGUUACUGUGGUGACCGUUUUUUUUCAUUUUCUACUUUCUGGUGUGCAUUUCUGGUGCAAGUGCUAGUGUUCUGCUACGCAGCUCACGCAUACAGCAGCCAAGUCAAGGUAGUAAAUCCACGUGUGAAUAGUAGCCUGUUCCCCGUGUGGGCAAGUGUAAAAGAAAGCGCCAAAAAGUCGAAAAAGCAAAAGGAAAGGUGCGAUUUUCCAGUGUUUAUGUGUCACUCGAAGGGAAGCGCACGAUCGUAUCGCCAAGGCAAAGCAAAAAGCUACAGAACAGAAAAGCGACUUCCAGCAGCGACAGAACGGUGCGGCGUCCGUUAGCGGCUGGCGACGGAUCAAGCCCUAAAACGCCGAAAUACACCGUCUUUAAUUGCUUAUUCAUUAUAAGGCGAUUAACAAAACGAUGACGACGGAUUUUGAUGAUCUUCGGCUGAUGAAGACGAAGCAGAAGCAGACGACAAAACGAAAACUUAUCCGCCACGUGGAGGCGUUUCACAGCGUGCAACAGCAUCGUUCUUUUUUGCUAUCAAAGCAGCAUAACGAAGGGAAACGCAUUGAUAAGCAGACGACGAACGAAAGUAUCGACGAGCAGGGCGAGAAGAACAACAUUACGAACGUACGGCGCCAUCCUUGCAGCAUCCCGAUACCGGUGCCAACUACUGGGAGCUAAGCCAUCGUAAAGCAUAGAACGAUCAGCGAUUGCUGAAACGCUUGCUGUGCUUGUCCAAGCAGCGACAAACUCACACACACACACGGCAAAAAGAGGAUCGCGACCAAUCGCGGGUUGGUGUCUUCAUGGAUCGGCGUAAUGGCGGCACUAGUUUGGCGCCCCCAAGGCCCCCGAAAUCGUUGCCCCGCGUCCAUCGCCCUCGGGCGCCAGAUCCAAACUCUUCGCCGUCGGCCAUCAUCAGCUCUGCUUCGCCGAACCCGAACCCGACGGCGAUGAUCGGCAGGAUGAUGGUUGGCAACGGGGCAACCGGCAAUGGGGGCAGCAGCCAUCAUCAUCAACAGCAGCAACCCGCCUCGACAGCACCGACACCACCACCGCAACUGUCACCAAAACCGCGACACCUGAUCGGCGGAAGCGGCAGCAUCUUAGGUAGUAGUAAUUUAAGCAACAGCAACGACAACAGCAGCAACCUAGCGUGUAAUAAUAUCAGCAGCAACAGCAACAAUAAUAUAAGUAAUAACAACAACAACAACAACAACAACAAUAAUAAUAAUAAUAGUAGUAGUAGUAGUAAUAGUAAUAAUAAUACUAUUUUUAUGAAUAAUAAUCCUCAUAAUCAUACGAGCCCGGGUACGACCGCCGGCAGUAAUUUUAACAGUGCUAGCCUAAUAAGAAGCAACGCUAGCAGUAGUAGAAGUAAUAGUAGCACUAGUAACACUAGUAAUAGUACCAGCAGCAGUAGUACUAGCAGUAGGAGUAAUAGUAAUCUAAAUAAUAAUAAUAGUAGUAGUCAUAGUAGCAGCAGUAGAAGUGGCAGUAGUCAUCCUCCCCCUCAACCAAUUCCUCCCCAUCAUCAUCAUCAUCAUAAUCAUCCGCAUCAGCAGAGCAAUCGAAGCAUCGGCAGCAACUCUUCCACGUUGUCCUCCGUAUCGUCGAGCUCGUCGACGGCGGCACUCCUGAGGCCACAGAUUGCACCCCUGGUACCACUGCACACACGAUCGACGACACCUCCCCCACCGCCUCUGCCGCCGCACCAGCGACCAACGUCGCCGGCCGGGAGCAUCGGCCACGGAAGCACCUUUGCCCGCCGUCGCCUCAGUCCAGCCACCAGUCCACCGUUGCAUCCGCAUCCGCACCUAACAAGUAUUCCUCCGCUAGGGGCAUCCGAAUCGAUGGCCACCGGUGCCACUACCACCACCGGCACACCACCGGUACUACUACUCCCCGUCGAUCAACCGAUCGUAGGCGGAGUCGCCUCCAACACUUCCUCCAACCCAACGACCCCGGUGACGCUGGCCGCGCCCAGGCCAGAGAACGAACGACUUGCAAACGAGUACGUCGAUACGCCGUUUGGCCGGGGCAAUGGGGCAGCAGCUGGUGGUGCCAACAUUCCAUCGACGGGAGCCCUGACCGGGCUGGCGCCGGGUGCGCAACAGCUUCGAAACCUGUCACUGCUCUCUGGCGAAGGAGCCGUAGUGACGGUCAUUACGGGACAGCCGCGGCCAACGCAGGAUCGGUCACGAUCGCCCAUCAAUGGCGUCGGUGGCAACAGUGACUCCAUUAUCCGUGCGAUCAAGAGUACCGAGGGCCGACAAGACGUCACGUCAACGAUCACCGGUAGCGGCCAGUCGUUGACGAAUGCUGGCGGAAUUGCGCGCAAUCCAAGUAUCAUUACCAAACAGCCGACGAAGAAGAAGGAUGGCUCCGACCGGCACGAGCUGCUGGAGCUGGAACUGCAGCACCACCAUCACCAUCAUCAUCGGCAUCAUGGCCGAUCGGCGGUGGCGACGGUGGGUGGUGGCGCGCCCGGUACCCUCGGCACGGUCGGGGCAGCCGGUUCCGACGGUCUGAUAGGCAUUGGGUCGAUUACAUGUCCACGCUGUCGGCGCUGCCGCUGUGAGGAGUGUCAAAAGCCGCGACCACUGCCGUCGCACUGGCUCUGCGACAAAAGCUGCCUGUGCAGUGCGGAAACAAUCAUCGACUACGCGUCCUGUCUGUGCUGCGUAAAGGCACUCUACUACCACUGCUCGAAGGAGCACGAGUUCGAGCGGGAAGUGGUAGGUCCGGACGGUACCAUUGAGACGGAGACCGUGUCGUGUGCCGACGAUCCCUGUUCCUGUGUGCCGCACAAGCGUACGACCCGCUGGGGCUGUCUGGGGGCACUCUCGGUGGCAUUGCCCUGUCUCUGGUGCUACUGGCCGAUGCGCGGCUGCGUGGCCAUCUGUGCACGCUGUUACGCCAAACAUUCCCGCCACGGUUGCCGCUGCACGCAGCAUCCCGCCGCUCCUUCGGCCAGCUUCCCACCGGGAAGCGCACUGAGCGGAGCCGGCGGUAUCCUCAACGGUUCCAUGUUUGCUAGCGGUGGGGGCAAUGGAGGCGGAGUGAGUGUGGGCAGUCUAGAGGAGCACGAAUCAAGGGUGAAGGGCGAUCCGGCCGAUGGUGACUCGCCACUGCAACAUUUGCACCACCAUUUGCGCCACCAUCUGCACCACCAGCAUCGCUCGGGUACAUCCACCGACCUAACCACGCCCGAGAAGCGGCUACUCGAUUCCAGCAACGAUACCUACUGACGGUGGUGGGACUGUUGGUCGCGCGGCGAUCAUACCAAGCACUCUGGCAGUGACGAAAUGGACGGUGAUGACGAGUACAGCAGUAACUGUGGGUGCGCUCGGGAUGCGAUCGUCGAUGAUCGCGAUGACGACACCGAUGACGAUUCGUCGAUGAUCAUGAUGAUGUUGCACCUGUAGAAUGAGCGUACAUUCAAACGUUGUCCAUUCAUCAAUUUAUCCUUUCCCCGCAACACACCGUCCUCUUUCUGAUUCCCGUUAGUGCUUUGUAGCUACUACCACUUCUACCGUUGGACCCUGUUAUGCAGGAAUGUGCUUCCGUUCCAGGAGGCUACUCUGAAGAUCGUAUGUCAUAUUCAACGUUCGUGUUUGUGUGUUUUGUAGCCAACAACAAUCCCUUCCAUCCUAAAACCCUCUCCCUUCUCACGUUCUUAACUCAAUCAUUUUUUGUUUAAACAAAGAUGCAAAAGGAUCAAACUGGAUCGUUCCUUUGCGAGUAGAAUGAUAUGUACGCGUGGUAUUGUAAAUUGGUUUAACAACAACAACAACAACAACAGCAUAUGCGUUAGUUAGUUUCCAUUCAUCCAUUCAUCAUGCUCAACACCUGGCCAGGACGAAGGAGCAGAAUGUUGGAGAUCAUCUCCUCCCUUGCGUUGGAGAUCGUACAUCUCUCUUGGGAUAGCACGUCUGGCAGUCUGGUCCAGCUUGGCUCUAAUGUGUCCCGGGCACAUGUCGUCAAGGCCCUGCGCUUUCCAAAUGGUGUUGAGCCUUUAAUUUGCCUUUCGAGGAAGCGAAAGGAAUGAAGCAUUCAAUCUUCUCCUGCUCCUUUUGCUGCUCCUUUAUGAUGUAUGCGUGCAUGCCUUAGCAUUGAAGAGGAAAAAAAUCCGCACCAAAAGCCAAAUGUUUCAUCAAUGGCUAGCAUAUUGAUUCCAAUCACCAAGGGCAAAGGGACUGCGGGAGAGGGCAACCAGCACACCAUUAUUGUGCCAUGCUCUGGCAACUUGUGGCAAUGCGUUUGAGGAUUCGUUGUUCCAAUACCUGAUCAUCGGACCGGUGUAUCCGACCGAGGCGAAGAGCGCAAAGCAAACUCGACCAAAUUCCGAUCCGACGCGCCCCCGGCGGGAUGUGCGUGUACCAUCUGUUAAACAAAGCGGGAACGAUGCGGGCAUCAAAGCACGAGAACGAUUUCUCUCAUCUGCCCAGUACCGGGAAAAUUCUUUGCAGCAUCUCAUAUUCCUGCCUUCCCGGACACACGUAUACGCGCGUGUGUGUGUGUGCGUAUGAACUGGUGGAAUAUGUUGUUGCAUUUUUUUGUUCUGUGCCAGACAGAGAAAACCACCAUACCGCACUUUGUGUGCGUGUGCGUGUUGUGUAUGUUUUCGUUCUUUUCCUCCCUUUAAGGAUCUCUGUUUCGAAAUCGAGACUCAUAUUUCCUAGAAACUAAUAUUGUCCCUGUGUUUCUUUAAUGUACCCAUCCGGGGUUAAAGGGAAGCGGAUCUCUCAGCGCAACCCAGGCAACCGAACACCAACAACAGCGGGCCCUGUACAGCGUCAGCAAAGAAUGCCAUCAAACAAGUAUCCUUGCCGUACCCUGUGCAUUGUUACAAUGCAUGUACACACGUUUCGUUCCCGCCAAAAUGCAUCGUCAAUAUUAUUAUGAUCUUUUUUUUUUGUUAUUGCUAGCCAAACACGCAGCAUUGCCAUGUGUGUGUGCGCGCGCGCGAUCGUUUCCGCGUGUUUUCCAUCGCGUUCAGCCUGUUUUGGUUUGUUCUUUGCGAAAUGGAUCACAUGCUACGCCGUUGUUCUGCUUUCGUGAGGAUCAUCAUCAUGAUCGUCUAGAACGUACGUAAACGUAAGCAAACGAACGGGUGACGGUUUUGCGCCAAACCGCCAACAGGUUCAUCGCUUAAACCUUCCCCCCCUGACACGUGCGUCAUCGGUAGGAUCGCGACGCGGGACCCGGGAAUAGUGCAAAUCCUCCGGUGUUUUGGGGUUUUGUUUUCUUCGGGUUUCUUCGCGGCCUCAGCACGCCUAGAACGUGAUUACGUCCAUUUUUUAAUAGGAAUUUGACCGAUUUCUCUCUGCCACAAAUCCGGCACCACCAGACUGCUGCCUCCCGUUCCCAGUGCCUAUGCAAUGUGUGGGACGAGUUUCGGCAGUACGUGCGCAAAUGGUGUGUUGUGAAAUGUUGUGCGCCACAGUGUCCGUUUCUGUCUCUGCGCUUCAAGCAAACGUGUGUGUGUGAGAGAGAGAGCUUGUGUCGGAAAAUCCACCCGGUCCGGGCGGCAAAGGGCAGAUGAAAAUUUAAAAAUAAAAUUCAUUCAUAAAGUUUCCUGCUUCCCCUCCCUUUUUCUUAGGGUGUGGGGGGGACACUCGAUCACAGAUCACCAGUCAGCACACAAACACUGCUAGAGCGCGUUUUUUUAGACAGUGUGUAAAUCUACAAAUUUGAUCCUUUGGGUUGUUUUGACGAUGGUGAAUAGAAAUGUGUCCACACCGACGACCGGAUGCCCUCGAUUUGUUAGAUGCCGAUGUACCGUUGCCUGUUGCAUGCAUCGGAUAGCUUUUGUUGGAUAAUCGCCAAAACAAACGAAUUCAUUUGACGGAGCACAUCUACUUCAAGCGCUUAGUGUAUGUAACUCGUUUCCAAAACACCCAUUGCUGUUGUUUGACCUUUUGGACGAACUUUAACUUAUUUCAAUAGCGUUUAAUAACCACGUACAAUUCUCCAUCCAUCAUUCCACGGUUGCACGCACGAUCUAGCUGUAGUAUCCUGUUGCUAUACCAUUCUAACACCCUCUAUUACCACCGUAAUCCCCCAAAUCUAUCCUUCUACUACUUCACACGCACAGCACACAAACUCGAACGCGAUCCGGCUGGAGCAGGGAAGCGAACAAAACAGAAAAGAACGAAAAGAAGACAAGCAAAGGUGAAAGGUGAAAAAACAAAACCGAUAAAACAAAGCAAGCGAACUCAAGAUUUCGAGUAGGAUUUAAUUUCCAGUAUUAUCUAGUCGUGCAUUAUAGUGUUGUAAAAAAAAGAGAAGGAUAAAAAGUGAAAACGAAUUAAACAAGAGCGCAAGAUUAAAACAAGGAGAUGCGAAAAUGAAUAGUAACGCUAUUAACCUAACUACUAAACACAAGCCAAACACAGGUGUGUUUGUCGAUGAGCACCGAUUAUUGGCCCCCCCCCGAUUGGGGAGAAGAUGCGGGACAGAAGUAUAUGCAAAAAAAAAAAAUGAUUUGGAAAAUGCGUCAACAACCGGUCAAGAUAAAAUUACGGGAAAUUACAUACAGCAGUGCAAGAAAAUCGGCCCAAACAAGUGCUGAAAGUAAUGAUGUCGAAUGUCAGAUGUAAGUAAUGAAUUAUGAUGGUAGGGAAGCGAAAUGUGUGCGCGCUUGUCGUGCACGUUUUGCCGUGUUGAUAUGUUUUUCGUUUUUAAUUAUUAUUAUUAUCAUCAUUAUUAUUUUAUUAUUAUUAUUAUUAAUAUUAUUAUUAUUAUUAUAUUAUUACGAUUAUUAUUAUUAUUAUUAUUAUUAUUAUUAUUAUUAUUAUUUUAAUCUCGAAACAGAAGCCAAUCUUCGAUCAUUUAAUGUCAAUAAAUCGUUGAUCCUUAUAUAUAUACACACACAAACACAUAUAUGUAUGUCAUGCGAACUGGAAACGCUGCGGGUUGCGGCUGUUGUUGGAUAGUUGUUGUUUUAUUUGCUUAUUUGUAACUUCCAAGUGGUAUUUUAUACAGCAAAACCAUACAAAUUGUAACAAAAGCGUAAUGGCUUUUGGGAAAGAACGCGUGUAUAGGUGCGCUUCACCCUUUUCCCUUCUCGCGCGCGCGCGCGCGCGAUUGUAAAGUAUGUUGUGGCACGAACAGGAGAGAUAGUACGUGUCUUAUACUAUAUGUUUAUAUACGAUUAAGCAGAGGAAGCAUAUUAAAGUUAUUAUUUCAUAUGCAUAUGUUAAGCAUUUCUGCCUGUCGACCUAUUUGUGCAUGUAGUGAGGAGAGCAUGAAACAAGGAUGUGUAUAUGUAUUUGUAUAUAUCGGCUAAGCUGGAAGGAUCGGGUGUGCCUCAAAAAACCGCGCACAAACGCCCUAUGAAAGUAGAAGGGAGGAAGGGGAGAGGAAGAGCGCGCGCGCGUGCAGCAGAAAGGAAAUCCCAUGACGCUUUAAAACAUUAAGAGAGGAAAGGAUCGAAGGAGCCUUAGCAUAACUUGUAAAAAGCAUUAAACACACCCAUAUAUACACACACACAUACAGACAGAAUCCCGCCGCGUAACACGCGCGCAUCCGCGCAAUGCGCCUAAGGUCGGCUAGGGUGAAGCGCUUCGUUGCUCGUUGGAAGGUAACGAACGCGAUUGUAAUAUAUAAUAAGAACAAUAGCGAGAGAAUGAGAAAAAGAGAAAGAGAAAGAGAAAAUAAAUUAUUUAGCUAACAAAUCGAAUCAUAACAAUCGAA